CUCUGCCAUAGCAAAUAGGUGAGAAUGAUGAAUGUAAACAUAUAACCACUGUCUCAGCCGCUGACGUCAGUCUGCAAAUGGAACACAAAUUCCAGCAAAUUAGUGUUUUCUUGGCUAUUUAAUGAUAUCUCAGAGGCAACUGAUUGAAACUUGUUUUGUGUUGAACUGAUUAGUUGAGGAAAAUAGGAAUUGGACAAAAAAUGGAGCAAAACAGAACGUCAGCGGUUCAAAGAAGAAGCCGAGAUGUUGAAGGGGCUACAGCAUCCGAACAUUGUGCGGUUCUACGACUCCUGGGAGUUGGUGUCACCAAGAGGUCAAAAGGUCAUUGUCAUGGUAACAGAGCUGAUGACAUCAGGAACAUUGAAGACGUAUCUGAAGAGAUUCAAGAAGGUCAACAUCAAGGUCCUCAAGAACUGGUGUCGGCAGAUCCUGAAGGGACUCUACUUCCUGCACAGUCGCAAUCCUCCUGUGAUCCACCGAGACUUGAAAUGUGAUAACAUCUUCAUCACCGGUACCACCGGCAGCGUGAAGAUCGGCGAUCUGGGUCUGGCAACCCUGAAGAACAAGUCUUUUGCUAAAAGUGUGAUAGCGCGCACGUCGCCAGGGCUGACACACCAUCCAUCUUUUAAUUUAAGGUACGCCAGAGUUUAUGGCGCCAGAAAUGUAUGAGGAGCACUAUGACGAGUUAGUGGACGUCUACGCAGUUGGCAUGUGUAUGCUUGAGAUGGCAACGUCAGAGUAUCCGUACUCGGAAUGUACAAAUGCAGCUCAGAUAUAUCGAAGGGUUACAACUGUAAGUAGUAUAAACACUUAAAAUCUCUUAAGUGUAUUUUUGAAAAAGUGAAAGGGAAAAAAAGGAAAAGAAAGGUCAAUAUUUUGGUGCUCAAUCAAGUU